UGGUGAACCGUGGUAGCAGCAAGAUCGCUCGUCUCUGCAGUCGGUGUGGUAUCAUUGGAAAGUGAUCGUGCGAAAGUCUCGCCGAUGUUGAGAGUGUGACUCACAGAUUUACACCAAAUUCAAAGCCGCUGGAAGAAGCUCACGCUCAAGAUCACUUCAAGAGGAUUUUGGCUAAGGAAAUUGUGCAGCAAUGAGGCGGGUGUUGGUGUUGAUUCUGUGCAUCUCGAUGGCCACAACUCAACGGAAUGUCAACAAUAUUGUUAAGGAGCGCGGAGAUGAGAACAGCGAGUUAGUGCGCCAGAAUAGAAUAACGCAGAGGAUCAUUGCGAAUUUCCUGGAGAGGCGACUCUUUCCGCAUCGUCGCCCUCAGCAAAGUAUUCCGACAAUUGAAGAAAUACUGCCAUUGACCACUCAGUCACCCCAAAGAAUCGCACCCAAGCUGUCCAGCAGCGAGGAGGAAGACGAUGUGGAGCAGGAAUCGCUGCAGAGUGUCGAAUCUGAGCAUUGGGAUAACUUCUACAAUGACGAUUCAGACUGCCCAAACUGCGUGGAUGAGUCUCAAUUGACGCCAAAUAGAUGGACAAUGCCAUUGCUCAAGUUGGGCGAGAAGCGCUACUACUUGGGAGUCUUCUUCAGGGCCAAUUGGUUCAGAGCCGCUCAGUACUGUCGAUUCCACGGAAUGCACUUGGCCAGCAUAGCGUCUCAGGAGGAGAACGACAAACUUGAGAAGCACAUUCGUGAUUACGGGUUCGGAAAUGAGCACUUCUGGACAUCGGGCACUGACUUGGCCGACGAGGGCAGCUUCUUCUGGAUGUCCACCGGACGUCCGAUCACGUUCACGAACUGGAACGCCGGUGAGCCCAACAACUUCCGCUACGAGAACGGCGAGGAGGAGAAUUGCCUGGAAUUGUGGAAUCGCGAUGGCAAAGGACUCAAGUGGAAUGACUCGCCGUGCAGUUUUGAAACAUAUUUCGUCUGUGAAGUACAAUAAUAAAAGAAGAAAAAAAACCGUCCCAGAAGAAGGCGAGUGUGACACUUUCGAGGAGACAAGGAGUCGCGAGAGGACAGGAGGAACACUUUGUACAGACUUCCGUGAGAAUCUGCAGUGUUUGUGAGCUUUGUGUCCUCAUGGAAUGAUGGGCAGAUGUUGAGAGAUGCGUGGAUUAAAUGUUAUAUGCUUAAUAAUUAAGUGACAAAUAAGAUUUUAAAUGUAAAUACUCGAAUAGCUUGGUCCAAAUCUCGUGUGUGAAUAGAAAUAAAGAAAAUAUUUUAUAAA